AUUUAACUCUAACUUGCGAAAAUUGAAAAACUCUUAUCUCUCGUGUUGGUGCUUAAGCUUGAGCAAGAAGAUUCCGGGGAGGAAGAAAAAAAAACCUAGAAGAUUGUUUCGCCGUUUUCCAAAUCAUCAUCAUCAUCAUCCAUGAGUCCGGACAAUAAAUUGCUUCCGAAGAGGAUCAUCCUUGUACGCCACGGUGAAUCCGAAGGGAAUCUCGACACGGCGGCGUAUACUACGACCCCCGAUCACAAGAUCCAGUUAACCGAUUCCGGUUUGCUUCAGGCUCAGGAAGCUGGUACUCGUCUCCACGCCUUGAUUUCCUCCAAUCCUUCUUCCCCGGAGUGGCGCGUCUACUUCUACGUUUCUCCUUACGAUCGGACUCGAUCUACGCUCCGGGAGAUCGGACGUUCCUUCUCCCAUCGCCGCGUGAUUGGUGUUCGCGAAGAAUGUCGGAUUAGGGAGCAGGAUUUUGGGAAUUUCCAGGUUAAAGAGCGAAUGAGAGCCACGAAGAAGGUCAGAGAGCGAUUUGGCCGCUUUUUCUAUCGGUUCCCGGAGGGAGAAUCCGCCGCCGACGUCUUCGAUCGUGUCUCCAGUUUUCUCGAGUCUCUAUGGAGAGACAUCGACAUGAACAGACUGCACAUCAACCCGACUCAUGAGCUAAACUUUGUGAUUGUCUCCCACGGCUUAACAUCUCGCGUUUUUCUGAUGAAAUGGUUCAAGUGGACUGUGGAACAAUUUGAGGGACUAAACAAUCCCGGAAACAGCGAGAUCAGAGUUAUGGAACUAGGACAAGGCGGUGAUUACAGCUUGGCGAUUCAUCACACUGAGGAAGAGUUAGCGGCCUGGGGAUUGUCACCAGAGAUGAUUGCAGAUCAGAAAUGGCGGGUUAACGCACAUAAAGGAGAAUGGAAAGAAGAUUGUAAGUGGUAUUUUGGUGAUUUCUUCGAUCAUUUGACAGAUUCGGAUCAAGAGUGCGAGACUGAGGCCACUGAAGAAAAAGAAGAAGAAGAGGGGAAAAGAGUAAAUCUGCUAACGAGUUCAGAAUAUAACAGUGAGGCAGAGUUAUACAAUGGAAAUUGCAGCUGAUAAUUUUACAGAACAAAAAGGAUACACGAGAAGAAACAUCUAACUACAGAAUUCGGAAAAGAAACAAUUUGAUUUUGUUAAAAAUUUGUACCAUUUACUGAUGAAGCAUUCUGGAUUCUUAGUUGGUGGAGCAGUGUGUGUACAAACAUGUGUGUGGUCUAUAGAUACACAUCGUUAUAACACCCGAAACAUUACAGGAACUUUGAAGAUUCAUUUUAUUGUGUUAAAA